AUGGAAUCCCAUCGCUUUCUCCUCCUCCUUCUCUCACUGUUUCUACCGUUUUUACCCAAACCCGGAUCCGGAUUCGGAUCCUCCGGCCCCAUCGCGGCCUCCUUCGGCGGCUCUGCUUUCUUCUGCGCCAUUGACGCUAGUGGUCGUCAAGAAGUUAUCUGCUGGGGCAAAAACUACUCAUCUCCUUCUUCUCCGUCUCCGUCUUCCUCUUCUAUAUUUCUUGCUUCUUCCGCUUCUCAAAGCUACAACAUUCCGUCCAUGGCGGUUCUCUCAGGCGGAGACGGGUUUCUCUGCGGCAUUUUGUCGAACACUUCUCAAGCAUUCUGUUUCAGCUCCAUUGGAUCUUCUUCUUCAGCUAUGGAUCUCGUCCCUCUCGCUUACCGGACUACCGCUUACUCUCAGAUCGCUGCCGGAAACAGCCACGUCUGUGCAGUUAGAGGACCUUACUACUCCGAUCACGAUUCCGGCACUGUCGAUUGCUGGGAGAUUACAAAAACCACGAAUAACACCAUGCUCGCCAAAGAGAAUCCAAAUUUCUACGAUCAGACUAUUAGCAACCUCGUCUUCAACAAAAUCGUCUCCGGCGAUGGGUUUAGCUGCGGUGGAAUCAGAGAAGGAGGGUUGCUCUGUUUCGGCCCCAAUUCCUCUCAUUUAGAGCUUAACACAACUUCCGAUAACAACUUCGAAGUCCUAGCCGCCGGAAAAAACUCCCUCUGCGCGAUUGUAAACUCGUCUCGGGAGGUGAAAUGUUGGGGAGACGACGACGACGACGACUCUUUCGUCAAUUCUCCGACUCGAUUCGUCGCGCUAACCGCGGGUCCUCACCAUUUCUGCGGAAUCCGUGAAGAUAAUCACGAGGUUGAAUGUUGGGGAAGCUCAAAUUUCUCGCUGAUCCCAAAAGGUUCUGGCUUUAAGGCGAUUGCUUCAUCUGAUUCCAUCGUCUGCGGUAUAAGAGAAGAAGAUCUCGUUCUCGAUUGCUGGUUGGUUAACGGGUCGUCGUCGACAUUAGCUUACGAUCCUCCAUUAGAGCUGUGCAGUCCAGGGACGUGUCGAGCUGGUCCUUGUGACGAAAAGGAGUUUGCUUUCAACGCAAGUAUCCUCAACGAGCCUGACCUAACGAGUCUGUGUGUUAGAAAAGAGCUGAUGCUCUGUUCACCUUGCGGCUCCGAUUGCUCUCGUGGCUUCUUCUUGUCUAGUCCCUGCACAGAGAACUCUGAUCGGAUCUGCACUUCUUGCUCGCUCUGUCAAAACAGUUCUUGUUCUGACAUUUGUAAGCUACACAACAGCCACAGUUCUCAAGAUAAGCAUUGGCAUCAGCUGCAGAGACUUGUUCUCAUCAUCGGAUCUUGCGCAUCGGCUCUGUUGAUCAUCACGAUAGGUUGUUGCGUCGUGCCAAGGAUUGUCGCUAGUCCUAAGAACGACGAUGGUGCAACGAAUCAAUUCAAAUCUUGCAUUGGAAAGUCAGAUUUAGACACGGAGCCACUUGAAAUGGUCUCUCCUGUUCCAUCGGUGACACCGUUUGCUCAAGUGUUUAGACUCUCUGAGCUUAAAGACGCGACCAACGGGUUUAAAGAGUUUAACGAGUUAGGCAGAGGAAGCUACGGGUUUGUCUACAAAGCUGUGUUAGCGGACGGGAGGCAAGUAGCGGUUAAGAGAGCAAACGCAGCGACUAUAAUCCACACGAACACGAGAGAGUUCGAGACGGAGUUGGAGAUUCUAUGCAACAUUAGGCAUUGCAACAUUGUGAACCUUCUCGGUUACUCGACGGAGAUGGGAGAGAGGCUUCUUGUUUACGAGUACAUGCCUCACGGUACGCUUCACGAUCAUCUACACGGCGGGUUCUCGCCGUUGAACUGGAGCUUGAGGGUUAAAGUAGCAAUGCAAACCGCAAAGGGUCUUGAGUAUCUUCACGUUGAAGCUGACCCGAGGAUUGUUCAUGGCGAUGUGAAGUCUUCGAAUGUGCUUUUGGACUCGGAUUGGGUCGCGAGAGUUGCGGAUUUCGGGCUCGUGACGAAGAGUUUGGACAUCAAAAGAGAUGUUUAUGACUUUGGGGUUGUGUUGUUGGAAAUUUUAACCGGGAGGAAGCGUUACGAUAGGGAUUAUGAUCCGGCGGAGAUUGUUGAAUGGGCGGUUCCGGUGAUCAGAGAAGGCAAAGCGGCGGCGAUUGUGGAUAAGUAUAUAGCGUUGCCGAGAAACGUGGAGCCGUUGUUGAAACUUGCUGACGUGGCGGAGUUGUGUGUACGGGAGGAUCCGAAUCAACGACCAACGAUGUCGGAAGUUGUGAACUUGUUGGAACACGUCGUACGAGAUUGUUUGAUCUCGUAG